AUGGUACCGAUGUAUGUAUCCCUGGUAUUAUGGAACAAAUCGAACGCGCCGGUGUUCACUCUGGUGACUCCAUUGGCCGUUUAUCCAGCUCAACAUUUGAGCCAAGAAUUGAUUGAUCAAAUCGUUGAUUAUACACGUCGUAUUGCAGUAGGCCUUAAUGUUAAAGGUGUACUUAAUAUUCAAUAUAUCGUGGCUGAUGGUGAACUUAACGUUAUCGAAGUUAACCCUCGUUCUAGCCGUACUGUACCAUUCAUUUCUAAGGUUACAGGUAUCAAUAUGGUAGAAUGUGCAACACGCAUUGCCCUUGGUGAAAGCUUAAAAGACUUAGGCUUACCACUUGGUCUUGUACCUAAUAAACCAUAUGUAGCUGUAAAAGCACCUGUAUUCUCCUUCUCUAAAAUGGGUCUUGUAGAAAUCGCUCUUGGACCUGAAAUGAAAUCUACUGGUGAGGUUAUGGGGAUUGGUCGCACAUAUUCUGAAGCUUUAUUCAAAGCUAUCAAUGGUGCCAACAUGCAUAUCCCAGAGGAUGGUACAAUCCUUAUGACUGUUGCAGACCGCGAUAAAGAGGAGGCUAGUCAAUUAGCAAAAGGCUUUAUUGAUUUGGGCUAUCAUAUUGAAGCAACUGGUGGUACUGGUAAUGAUAACUGUGCUGACCACAUUCGUCAAGACAAAGUCGAUCUUGUACUUAAUACAUUGACUGCAGGGAAACGACCUGAACGCGAAGGAUUCCAAUUGCGUCGUCUUGCUGUAGAAAUGGGUACACCAUGCUUAACAAGUCUCGAUACAGCACGGGAAGUAUUGCGUGUUGUGGCGAAUCGUAAAGAUGAUGCGAACUACACUGUAGAAGCAUUACAAGAUUUUGAAUUGGAGUAA